AUGGCCUCAUACAGCAACCUACAUACGCAGGAUUUUGGCUCUGACAACUGGUGUUUGGGACUGCAACCUUUUUACAAUCAUCAUCUAUUGACAAGUUUAAGCAAUGGCGAAGUUCAUCACAUAGAUUGGGUUACUGGUAAAUCAGUCAGGGUAGACCAAGCAGGCAAUUCUUCCAUCAACAAAUUGAAAAUCAUUGACAGUAAUUUUAACGAAGGUUCCUCAUAUGCAGUCGCAUCUAAUGACUCAGUCAAUAUAUUAGACGUCAGAUCAAGAGAUAAAUUGGCAAGCCUGAAAAAUGAUAAGAAUGCUCCAUUCCUCUCUCUAGAUUCCCGUCAUGGCAUGCUAGCAUGUGGUACAGAGCUUAGCGGGGUAGAUGCUGAGUUACACAUAUAUGAUGUUCGAAACUGGAGUACCCCCAUAAGAUCUUUUGUGGAUUCACAUCACGACGACGUGACGGAUAUUAGGUUCCAUCCCAGCGACCGCAACGUUUUACUCAGUGGCUCUACUGAUGGAUACACAAACGUAUACGAUUUGAAACAGCAAGAGGAAGAUGAUGCAUUACAUCAAGUGAUCAAUUACGCAUCUAUACACUCAUGUGGUUGGCUGUCACCUAAAAGAAUCUUCACUCUUUCUCACAUGGAGACGCUUGCUAUGCAUGAAUUGAAUGAUAAGAGUGAUGAACUACGGGAGCCACAACCAUUGGAUUUCGGUGAUAUUAGGGAAAAAUGGGGUUGUAGUUACGUGGUUGACUUGUACCCUGGUUACGUAGCUGUUGGGAGCUCACAAGAGCGUUCCAGUUUCUUAAAGCUGAUGGCUCUGGAAAAUGAACAAAUCGAAACCGAAAAAUCACUAGUGAUACCCUCAGCUCACGGGGAAGAAGUUGUUAGAGAUGUCUUGAUUCCACCUCAAAAUUGUAACAUGCUUUAUUCCUGUGGUGAAGAUGGAACUGUAAAAAUAUGGAAAACAAAAGACACUGGCUUCCACAUCGAACCUGGAUUUUGGGAUUAUUCAAAAAAGAUGGACGUCUUUUCAGAGGAGGCAACCACACCCGAAGCGAUACCAGCAGCUUUAGGGAAUGGUGUUGUUUACGAGCAAGAAGUUGAACCACCAAAGAAGAAGGAAAAGAAGAAGGGCAAGCAGAAGAGUCAUGCGAAAUCACGCCGUUACAAGCCCUACUGA